CCAUCUUGGCGUUCCGUGUCGUAAGGUAUAUAGAAGGACUGGGAGCUUUCUACGAGAAAAUCAACUCUUGCAGAGGUGAAAAGAGGCUUUUCCACCCUCGGACGUGUGUCUCAAAAAAACCGAGUAUUAGUAAGAAUAACACUCAAAUACUUCUCUAUCCAAUCUGGUUACUUAAGUAUUGGUUUUCGUAGCGCUUUUCUUGGAUUUCCUACAAUUCGUUUUAUUGUUAAUUGAACCUGACAGUUCAAUUUUUGUAUUAAGAACGAUAAAAGACGACAGCUCCCAAGCAAGCGAAGUAGUAACGUACUUCUUGCUACGAUUUGAUCUGCUGUUUCUUCUGUUACAGCAGCUUAACGUUUCUUGUCAUUUAUUCUACUUUCUAUCUAAAUAACGAAAAUAGCCAUUUUCCACGAAGAUCACUACUCUUUGCAAUGACUCGUCUUCUCUCAUUUUCACUCUUUCUCACAUCGAUUUUGAAGCUUGUUGCUUGUAAAGAAAACAGUAUUGCAAGUCAGAACGAAGAUAUCGACAACAUCACCGAAGAAAUCUUUCAGACUGAUUACAACACUGUAGAUGCACUUAAUGAAGAAUUCAAACCAUUGGUUACAGAUCUUACUGAAAAGUCUGACUACUUCCGAUACUACCGUUUAAACUUGUUCAAUCGUGAAUGCAAGUUUCCUAUUAUAGACCAUGCGGUAUGUGGAAACUCUGCCUGUACGGUGAAUGUUCUAAAAAGUGAGAACGACAUUCCAAGAGCAUGGCGCUCCAGUGCCCUGGGUCGUUUGGAAGGUUUCCUGCCUAGACACGCUGAAGAUGUAUCCCGUGCAUCCAGUUCCAUCCUUCCGGGAAACAAACAAAUAUCACCCUCGUGUUUGAAGGAACGAGAUACGGAAGAUUCCUCUAAGGACUAUUGUUAUAUUGACGAUGAUGAGGAUGAAAACUGUGUAUAUGUUUCUUUGCUCGAUAAUCCCGAACGCUUUACAGGUUAUAGUGGUCCCCACGCUACUCUUAUAUGGAGGAUGAUUUAUAAUGAAUGCCUGUCUGAGCAUGAUGAGGAGCCUAUGUCCCCAUUUGAGAACUCUCUUGCACCUCAUGAGAAACUUGAUAACCGCUUGCAAGAUAUUGACAAGUAUAUGGAACUCUGGUCGCUAGAAGAACAUGUAUUUUACCGUAUUUUAUCCGGCAUGCACUCGAGUGUCUCGACGCAUCUCUGUUACCAUUAUUUCAAUCAAUCUUCCGGUCUCUGGGUGCCAAAUCUUGAGUGCUUUGUUGACAGAGUUUACAACCAUCCAUCACGUGUGGAAAACCUUUACUUUGAUUAUGCGGUUUUACUGCGCGCCUUGGGCAAGCUUGACGGCUGGUUGGAUGAGUUGUCCUUCUGCUACGACGAUUCCACGCAAGAUUCUAUUAUCCGUAAGAGUCUUCGCACACUGACGAGAGCCGCUACAAAGGCACCUAAGUUAUUUGAUGAACAUCGGCUGUUUACCGGUGAUGCGGCUUCUGCGGAGAUACUGAAGGACGAGUUUCGUAUGCAUUUUCGCAAUGUGUCUGCAUUAAUGGAUUGCGUCGGCUGUGAAAAGUGCCGGCUUUGGGGAAAAAUUCAAACAAACGGUCUGGGAACAGCCUUAAAGAUUUUGCUUGAAUUCCCUGAACAUGACACCGACUUUAAUGAAAACCAAGAUACUUCUAACACAAAGCUUCAUCAAGCUGAGUUGGCAUCUUUGGUCAAUACGUUUGACCGCAUUUCACGUUCUAUUCAAUACUUUCAUGAAUUUGAGAAGAUGUACGAGGAAGCCCACAGAAAGCCCAGCAUGUUUGUGCGCAUGAAAACCUCGAUGAAGAGUGUUAUUUUCCGUAUUACGCCGCCUUCUACGCAUAAUUUCAUUGACCGUGUGAAUGCCUUUAUUAACGAGGUGUGUCGUGACUUUGUUAUAGAGUUUCACAAUGUCAUGGAAGCGUUCAAAUUUGUCCUUGGGAGUUACCUUCAAAUUCCAAGUCUUUUUCGGUACUACUUUCUCUCCAAAGAAAGUCCUUUGUGGAAUUCUGUCUCCAACUUUAUUAGACGUUACAUCCCGAAAAAGUUUUUGGUCGACUAGUUUUGACACACGAACUUUUGACGAUGAACAUUUCAUAGCACAGCGUUUUAUCGGGGAGGCAUUUACGAAAGUGAGCCGUCACUGAUGAGACCUUGCAAAAAUUUGUAAUCUUUUAUUCAUGCUAGAAAUAACAAAAGUUUAUUGAUGAUAUUAUUUAAGUUUUGCGUACUAUAAUUCUAGAGUACUACCAUGCGUAUUCAUUAUAGCCUUGAAUUAAUCAAUAAGUUACUCGCA